GACACCAGAGCCAGCACGAUGAGAGCUCCAGGACUUCUUGUUUUCCUCGUCCUCGUCACUUGGGUCAGUGCAGGUCCAAUUGAUAUGCGAAUGGGACAGUUGUCUACGUGUGCCAGGCGAUGCACGGAAAGCAGCAAAUUCAAAUACAUGCCCGGAACAACGUACGAACACGAAUACCACGUGACCACGGACACGCUGAUGGAAGGAGCCAAUUCACGGAAAGCUACAAUCCAAAUUAGCGCCAUUGCUGAUAUUGAGGUUGAGAGCAAAUGCGACUUCAUCCUGAGGCUGCGCGACGUCAAACUGUACGAUACAUCGAAAACACAUCUGACGUUUGUCGACAACGCCGGCCGAUUCAAACGAGUUUUGGAACGUAGUCCACUUCGCUUCUCUUUCCAAGAUGGCAUCAUUGAGGAUCUAUGUCCAGCAGACGACGAAGACCCGUGGGCCCUGAACAUCAAACGAGGUAUUCUGACGUCACUCCAGAACUCCAUGGAUGACCUGGAAAGAGACCAAACUGUCCAAGAGACUGAUGUUACUGGAAACUGCGUCACAGAAUACAAGCUCAAAAACCGCGGCUGGUAUUCAAACACCAUCAGCAAAACGAAAGACUUGAUGAGUUGUACCGAUCGCCAUGGUUACAAAAGUGCCAUCCACGCCAUUCCGUACAGAGUUCCGUCUAGCAUCCAGUCAAUGCCACUGAUGAAGAGCACCCACGAGUGCGACCACACCAUUGACAGAACUGGAAUCAUAAAGAGCGCCAUCUGUCGGGAAUCUCACAUCUACAGACCGUUUUCCAACCACAAGAGCGGAGCUGUGACCAACGUCUUGCAGAAACUCCUGUACACACGUCAAAAAAACACCAUGCACACUGCAAGAGGCAUGCCGUGGAGCAGGGCCAGCAUGAACUUCAGACACGUCUACGGAUUUGGCAACACCGACCACCAGAUGAACAUCGAGUACAAGCUAAACGAGCUGUGCACCAUCGCCAGCAACGACAUCCGCCCAGAGGUGCCCCGACUCUUCACAGAGCUCGUCUACAUCAUGAAGGAAAUGGACGCCUCAUCCAUUAUGGGCGUCUUCAGUCGCAUCCAGUCCGGAUCGCUCUGCAGCAGCAAUAUUCAACGAGCAAGGAAAUUCUUCCUGGAUGCAAUUCCAAUGGCUGGAACUACCGAUGCCGUGGAGAUAAUGAAACAGAUGUUGACCACCAACAUGGUGACCGGCGUGGAAGUGGACAUGUGGCUGACGUCGCUGGCGUUCAUCCAGCACCCGACCAAGGAGAUGUUGGUGGCAGUGAAACCUCUGAUUGAAACCCCGAACAUCAUGAUGAAGGCCAUGCUUCCGGUGACGUCGUUGGUGAACAACUACUGCGAAGUGAACCCGGCCUGUGCCGAGGAAGCGGCUGUGGUUAACAUCAUCACGGCUCUGGAGAGCCACAUCGGCGCCAGAUGUUACGCCAGCAGCAGCAGCAGGCUGGACGUCGUGCUGAUGGCCCUCAGGGCGAUCGGUAAUGCCGGUCACGUUCCCAGAAUCGCGUCUGUCCUAAACAACUGCAUCACCCAAGCAAGCAACCCCACCGAAGUGAAGAUAGCCGCCCUUGAAGCAUUCCGAAGACUUCCGUGCUACCACGAGACAUCCACCGUGAUCAGUCUAUUCCGUGACGUACAAGAGGACUCUGAGAUUCGUAUUGCCGCCUACCUGGCCGCCAUGCACUGCCCAACUGAACACAUCCUGAAUAUCGUCCUGCAGACUCUGGAGCACGAACAGGUCGACCAUGUUGGAUCCUUUAUCUGGUCUCACUUGACCAACCUCAUGGAGACGGCGUGCCCACACAAACAAGCCAUCAGAGCCAUCCUGGAGAACGAGCAGCUCAAACAAGAAUUCAACCUAGAAAAGAUGAAGUUCUCUAGGAAUUACGAAGGCUCGCUUUUCUUCGAGAAGUUCAACACAGGCGCCAUGUUGGAAAGCAACCUCAUCUGGUCACCAAAAUCUUUCAUUCCACGGUCUGCCAUGGUUAAUCUUACCGUCGAUCUUUUCGGAAAUUCCAUCAACCUCUUUGACCUUGGAGGACGAGUUGAAGGACUCGAGUAUCUGCUAGAGACGUAUCUUGGACCGUAUGGCUAUUUCGGAAAAAAGAACACAAUGGCAGCCGCGUCUGAGCUUGACAAGAUAAAGGGAUCCAUGUACAUGAGAAUGUUCGGAAACGAGAUGCUGUACAAGAACUUCAAGGGACUGGACAUGUUUGGUCGAGGAAAGAAUUUCAACUUCAUGAACAUCCUGAAGAAGCUGUCGGACACCUACGACUACUCCACCACACAGAGCGUCAUGUUCCUCGACAGCACGAUGAUCAUUCCGACCAGCUCCGGCCUGCCACUCAUGCUUGCGGUGAACGGAACAGCCACCGUAGACAUGAAAGCCAAGGGUAAAGUGGACCUGAGAAAACUAUACAACAGCCCACGCAGCCUCCAGCUCGAAGGUGUCAUACAACCAAGUGGCGCCGUGCUCAUCUCUGGAACAAUGAGUGUCGACGCCGGCGUCACGAAGACUGGCAUGCGCGUGGUGAACACGUGGCAUUCAAGCACGGCUGUCCAGGGACGGGUGGAGCUGAUGCGAGGCAAGAUCCUCCACGCCGAGAUCGACAUGCCCAAGGAGAAGAUGGAAAUACUCGACGUCACGUAA